ACUGUAUAAAGAUGUCAUCCUUGUUCUCUAGUUGAUGUUUAAUUGCACUCAUCACCUGGAUUUGAAAGGAAUGAUUGGUCAGUGCUAAUUUAUUGUUGGUGUCGGAAUAGUGAGACAUGUCAUUGAUCGGAGUGCACCGAGGUCCAGUAGUGCUGAGAGCUUAUCACCAUGUUUCAGAUCGGUGAGGAAGAUUUCUCGUUCGGAGAUGAUGAAGAUUUCUGGUCAGAAGCCUUGGAAGUUGAGGCUGCUGCUACCGCAGCCAACUCCAACAAACCUGUUGCCAGCUCCAACAUCCCAGCAGGAAGCUUUGCCACCAGGAGUCACCUCCAUCAGAUUCAAACAGGAAGCGAGAAGGCCUUACCGUCCAGAGGUGCAGGUCCAUCAGCGCAGGCCCUUGGCCAAAAUGCAAUGGGUGUUGGCACCACACUGAAUGGUCCCCCGGUAGCCAGGACACUGCAAGUCACCAACAAAGACCUUUCCACAACUCCUGGGAAUCCGACCAAGAGGAAGUUCUCUUUCAAGCAGAAAUCACCACACAAUACCACUGUACCACCUGUUAACACCGGUCUUGGAGCAAGCAAAAGGGCAAAACUGGACAGCCAAACUCCGACAACUUUCAACAACUCUCGUCAGCAGGUCGCAAGUGACAAGCCGGGAGCAGCACAAGACCUGAACAAGAUUGUGCAAACACAAGCAGGUGUAAACAUGGGCAAUCUCAAGGCACAGACAACCCAGAUUUCAGGAGCUCCAAAGUGCAAACAGCCCAUAACCAACUCAAAAGCUACCACGGAAAGACAAGGACAAUCGAUGAACAAUCGGACCAGCGCUCCACAAUUUCUUCAACAGAACACAAACAAAAACUUGCUUGACAGCAAUUGCAGAGAAUCGCAGUUCACGAACGGCCCACUCGCUGGAAAAGAUCAUCAGACAACUCCUGCGAGAGGUACUUCAAAUUCGAGAGUUGAAGGACAGCAGCCCAACAAUGCCACGAGCAAAGCCACCGGUGGACUUCCAUUUGAGUUUGAAGAUAAUUUCAUUGCAGAUAUUGACUUAUCGGAAGAUUACUUUGAUUGGAAUCUGGCAACUGAACCGUGUAACACCACAACUAUUUCAAGUAACACCAAGUCAGCUGUCACAUUUAGUAAUCAUUUGAAUCCACCUACCUCAACGCAGAGGCCGCCUCACAAUUUAAGGAGCAGCUUCAGUGGGCCCUCAACACCAACUUCACCAGCAGCAAGCCACACUCCUGAAUAUUCCAUUUCAAAUCUGAACAUGCAAAAUCACUCCAUAAACCCGCCGGUACACUUGAAUCGACUGAGACCGUGUGCAGCCCAGGGAGGCAUGCUACAAUCCACAGGCCUGCAAAACAAUUCAUUAUCCCGCAUUGCACCGUCCACCCAACUAAACAACGCCAGUCAGUCUGCAACCAGAUUCAGUUUGCCACUGACUGCUCAAACUUCUCGACCUAGUCUGCUGAACCAAACUCGGCAGUUCCAGGGUAACCCCACAAGGAUGAACUUUCAACCUCGCACUCCGUCGCCAAGUUUCUCUGCCCCUAGACCCAGCACCCAGGGAUCAGGCCCACCCAGAUAUACAUCACCUUCACCACAAUCCCUGGGUAGGGGUGCUGCACAAGGUGCUACAUGUAUGUCCACUCUGCGGACCCCAAAUAUCCGACCGCUAACUGCCAACAAUCUGACCCCUCGUCCAUUCACCCCAAACCCACGCUUCCACAACUCAGGCCGCCCAAGUCAGAGUGGGCCAAGCCAAGGGGACAGGCCGUUCACCACACACGGUGUCAAACCCCAGGGCAGAGGGAUGGCCACUCCUCAGACCCCACUCCUGACGUCAAGGGUGGCUCAGCUGUUUCAGACUCCCACCACUGGGAAUGCUGGCCCUUCCCGUACAAGAGUGAGAAAGUUUCCAGGACCAGCAGGGGUGCUUCCAAAACUGACACAAGGUCAGAAACUAAAUGACAUCAAGCUGCCCUCUCCAGAAAGUGAUCCUGACAAGCCAGGUACAAGCUCAGAUAAGCAGGAGGAGUUUGAUAGCUCCCAAGAUGUCAUUGGGGAUACAGAUUUCACUCACGGGGCCUGGCUGACCAUGAAGGCAGACCUGGGACUGGAUGAGGAUGACCCUUGCUCCUUGUUGGCCAAGAAUAACAUUGCCUUGGUGCUGAGAAAGGCCAGCUUGAAGCAGCUAGCCAAGAACAAGGUGCCCCACCUGUGCGUGCUGAUCAAGGCUGUCACUUUUGACGCCGAUGCCAGCGUGGUCCUGCGAGACCCGACGGGCGAGAUGCAGGGCACCAUGCACCGUCGGCUGGUGGAGGAGCACCAGGCAGAGCUCAAGCCCGGCAGCGUCUUGGUCCUCAGACAGGUUGGUGUCCUGAGCCCGUCGCUACGCAACCACUACCUUAACAUCACCCCUAGCAACCUGAUCCAGAUCUACCCCAGCGAAUCCUCAGGCUCGUCCCGGUCUAGCCAGAGAACUCCAAAGUCACGCCCCCCAAGGCCAUCACAGAGACCCGACAAGGAAGGGCAGUCUGCCGAGGUUGACAAAAACACCCCCAAGGGGUCAAGAAGUUUGGCAACAAAAAGGAGGGAUCUUUCCGGAGGGAUGAAAAAUGGAACUCUGGUUGAGUCGUCUCCAGAAGAUAGCGUCGAGAGCCGGAAGAGGUUCUGCAGCCCAGAGCUGAAGACAACAUGUACAUCCAGUGGAAGCAGAGGCGCUGGGGAAGGCGAGCGUUUAGAUGCAAACCACCAAGCAUCAAGCAGGCCUGGUGUCAGGCUGGUGGAGGAGACUACCCUUUCCAGCAGGGACCGUAGCACCACAGGCAGAUCCAAAUAUUUGCUGGAGAGGGAGACCACACUCUCCAGUAAUGGCCGUACAGUUACCAAGCAAACUUGCCCUCAGAAAAGCAUCUCUAUUGCCAGCAGCUCCGUAGCCAGCGGAGUCAACUCAACAGGACCCAAUUCGGACAUUCCCAAAAGUGACGAUUUCACAGACCUUCUUGCUGACAUCGGUGAUGACUUUUUUGACGACUUCUGAACCUUUCCCCCAUUUGGAUUUUGCCAAGAAUAUUAUUAAUUAUAUUAAAAUGUCAAUUAUGUUAUUAAUAUUUCUUGUAUUUUAGUAUCCAGUUGAUAAGAAGCUUUAGAUAUUAAUGUAUAUCACAAAUAGUUUAAUCAAUGUUUGAAAGCAUCAAACCCUUAACUUGGGACCCCAGGAAUGAAACACAUUUGUCACCAACACCACGAACUGACACUCGUGCGUGAGAUGAUCUCAUUUGUGCGCAUUUUAGAGAACCAAGUUUUUUUCAUUUUCACAAACUGGCACCCGGUACAGUGCGGCACUUCUAACGCACACUCCAUGCGUUUCCAUUUUCACGAACUGAUAGUGAUCUUAAUUCCACUAGUUAAAACAAAUUUUCAUUAAAUUUUGGGGUAAGGCAGCAAGUAUAUGGAUGGAUGAAAUUCAUGUCGGACCUUUCAAGGCAUAUUUCCUGUGCUGAACUGCCCUAACAAGCUUAGGUGUCAGUUUGUAAAAACAAAAAUUAGUCUAUUUUGCGUCAGUGCCCGAUGAGCACACACUCCAAAGGGUGUUAGUUUGUGAAACAAAGUUGUUGAUAACGCGUUUUUUACAAACUGAUAUUCACUUGCCAAUGAGUGUCAGUCUGUGGUGUCAAAGACGAACUAUGUCAAGAAAUAUCAUCAUAUUUAUUAAAAAGGGUAAACUGUUCCUCCAAAUCUCCUCAAAUUACAAAAAAGUACCUUUACCUUCAAAUAUUGUCCUUGUUUUACAACUAUACAAAAUUCCUAAUGAAGAUUUCAAUUAAAUAGUAAUUCUCACAAAGCUGUUUAAAAAACAUUAAUGAUUUACAAAGGAUCCUCAAAACUGCUCUGAUGUCAAUUGUAAUACUGAAUUAUUAUUCCAGAAAAGGUAUUACUACUGAAAUUAAAUCCAGCAGGGUCAGGUACUUUGGGAUGGCAUUUACUUCAAUAACAACCGGCAAAAUAUGGUAGAGGUUGUAAAUGUCAGGGUUUUAUUUAAACAGAUUAAUGAAUACGGGUUAUAGAGGAUGUAUAAAUAUACAAUUUUGAGGGCUAAGCAUGGCAACUGGCAUGGAACAUAGGCUGUUGAAUAAGCUCUCAAAUAAUGGCGGGGAAAUUCUUGACUCUUAGAUGGGAUGUGGUCUUGUCUGGUACAUACCCAACUCGGGAUAAAGCCAUCCUCUGUGCCUGAAUUGUAUUAAGUUGGGUUUUUUUCUCACAGGAGAAACUGGGGUUCUCGAACAGGCAAAUUUGGACGUGAGAAAAAGGAGUACAAAUCUAUCGUUCUUUGAAGCACUGUUCAGGUCAUUCAGAGAGAGGCUGGGCUUGCAAGGUCCGGCCACUUGCAUGGCUUCUCACCUUGGCUUCUCAAGUCGUUCAUGUGGUCAAAUUGAGUGCAUCCUAUUUUGAAAAUCCGGUCAAAUUCAAGACCAAGUUAUUAAUAAAAACAGCGUAGGCCUAUUUAAAUAGAAAUCAAAUGUUAAUGUUGAAUCAAAUGUUAAUAAUGAAAAUUAAUUUCAAGUAUGCCUUUACAGAGUCGACAUGCAUUGCAGCUGUGCAGAACAUAUUCCCGAAAUACAUGUACAUGUAUAUUCAGUCUUCUUUCAUACAAUAUAUUCUUGGUGAAUAAAAAUUGAAAACGCACUGUAAACCAAAGAUCGUAUACGGCGCAAGAUGGAUAACUCUGCCCAAAAGUAAU